GGUACGGCGAGUCACUAAUUCUCACGUUUGCCAGCCUGGCUAAACAGUCCGUGCCAUGGGCCUGGUCCAAAUGAUCAGAAAUGUUUUAUUUUUAAAAAUGUAACCUCAUAAAUUCGGAAAGAUGAAUUGGAGAUGAAAAGUAUGACCAGUGUGGCUAUAAAAUGAGUUUCUUCCUUUGUUAUAAAUGUAGCACUAACCAGGAAAAGAUAGUAGAGUUAGACUAUUCUCGUUGUGGGAUUUCCGAAGUGCCUGUCGAUGUCUACAACAACUCCCCGACUCUAGAAGUGCUGCAUCUUGAGGGGAAUAAAUUGAAGGAUCUUUCGCCUCAGCUGUUCCAAUGCAUAGAUCUGAGGUAUCUAAACGUCAGCGACAACGAAAUCAGGUCCAUUCCGCCGCUCAUUUCGAAGCUGAACAGCCUGCAAGUCCUAAUUUUCAGUAAAAAUGCGCUGGUUUUGGAGGGAGUUUCGCCGAACAUUGACAAACUGAACAAGCUGACGAUACUCGACUUGAGCAUGAAUGACUUGGGGAAGGUGCCCGAAGCCAUAAUGAGCCUGAUUAAUUUGCAACAGCUGUGCUUGAACGAUACAGGAAUUGAUUAUGUGCCUGCCAAUAUUGGACGUCUUUCCAACCUUAGAAUCCUAGAGUUAAGGGAUAAUAGCUUGCGAGAAUUGCCUAAGUCUAUCAGGAGACUAACCAAUUUACAAAGACUUGACGUUAGCGACAAUAACUUGUCCCAAUUGACUGAAGUUUGUGAAUCUCACGGUAACUUGACUGAGUUGUGGAUCAACGGUAACAAUAUCACGAAACUGUCACCGUCAAUCACGCAUUUGAAAAAAAUGAACGACUUCGAUGCUUCCUACAAUAAUCUACAAACCAUACCAAAAGAAAUAGGUCAAUGGACUAAAAUAACGAACUUAAUUUUAAGCUUUAAUCAAAUCUCUGUGUUGCCAAAAGCUAUAGGAAAUUUACGCAAUCUACAAGUAUUAAAACUCGAAUCGAAUAAUUUAGAGGAACUGCCAAACACGAUUAGCAAACUCACAAAUCUGGAAGAACUCAACUUGCAGAAUAACUUCAUCAUUAAACUUCCGUCUGGAAUCGGGCAUUUGCGCAAAUUGGCAACUCUCAUACUUUCGGAUAACAAGCUGGAACAGUUACCACCAGAAAUCGGAAGUUGCUGCUCCCUCACGAUUUUAAACGUCCACAACAACUACUUACACCGCCUACCGGACGAAGUGGGUCAUUUACAAAAGCUCACAACUUUGGGCCUCAUCGGCAACAAAUUGGAAUAUUUACCGAUAACAGUAUCAAAACUAACGAAUUUGAAAGCACUUUGGCUGACACCCAACCAGACGCAGCCUUUGAUCCAUUUACAAAACGAGCAACUCCCCGACGGCCAAGUCGUCCUGACCUCAGUCCUGUUCCCGCAAGUGCCCCUCCCGGAGGCCCCGCCCCCGGUGCACCUCCCUAUCAGCACCCAGAGCUACCACAUCACCUUCAACAUGGACAACAUCCCCACCGAGGCCUCCCUAAGCCGCACCCCCACGCCCCACCACAAGGAACUGCGCCGUUUGCGCAACAUCCUGCGCGGGGGCGAGGCCCCCGAAAGCCAGCCCCCGAACAUCUCGGAGAUCAAGGAGGCCAAAGUGACGCACAUUUCGGGCGAUUUGUCCGUGUCCCAGUCCAGUUUAUUGGACAAAGAGCCGGAGAAUAGCGAAACCGCGGUGGUUUAUAAGGCGGCGAAGGAGGAGGAGCUUCCGAAGCAACCGCCGCCGUAUCACAUUGCAGCCGCGUAUUCGAAGAACGCCCACUUGUUCGCGCAGAUUUGCCCGCCCAGCCCGCACGACCAACCCAAGCAGUUCAGCCAACAACAGCCGGCGAAUAUCCACCAUCCGACGCCCAAGUUGGCCAAAAACCGGGAGCAAAUGCAGGAGUUUUACGACGAGGGUAAGAAACCGAAGUGGCCUUUUGGAGCGCACCAGAUUUGCAAGGUGAUUGAGGUGGAACUGGUGGGGUAUCGCGUUUUGGGCGAUUUUCACGUUGUUGCGAACGCUGAUGGUGUUUAUGUCGAUGAGGUCCAUCCGGCCGGCGUUGCAUAUCAGAAGUUGUUUCCAGGGGACAAAAUACUCAGUUUCGAUGACGUUGAUUUCACCGUCAUGGAUUCGCAAAGUGCUUACGAAUAUGCUUACCAAAAAAUCGGGACGGUUAAGGUUGUAACCGUCUCGCGCAAACAAGUGUCUUGACAAAGAGUAUUUUUUUAGAUUAGUUGCAUGCCUAAUACUCCUAGCGAGGAGAGUGUUUCACUUGCAUUUAACAUUGUUUAUGUUACCUCAUAGUUGCGUUUUUGAUCAUUUAACUAGAGGCUGUGAUUUAGUUUAAGUUACAUUAACUCAAGAGUAUUUGUUAUUUAUUUAUGUACAAGCGUAUGAUAAUUAGCUCUCUAAUUUUCUAUGACUAAAUUGUCUUUUUAUAUUUCUAAAAUAAAUUAUACGAUUGAAUUGAAA